UCUACUACGUUUCACCGCUCGAUCUCCCCUGGCGCCGUCGACUCUGUGCCACGUCCUGUUGCUCGUCGGAUUCCUUUUUGAGUUUUUUCAUGGGUGGUUUGUGUCUCGUACGAUGCGAUUUCAGUGGACGCCGCAUGGCUGGGGGGCUCAGGGCUACCUGCCGCAGCAACCGACGUGCAUGCCGCCUCGUUCUGGCAUCUGGCGAAAGUGCCACCCCUACGUGCCCUUAAAUUGGACAUCCUCUUUCACUUCACCUCUCUCCUCUCUUUCUCUGUCUUCUUCGCAGGACACUGGUCCAUUUCCUCCAGUUUCAUUUCUAGUCUCUACCAUCUGAUCUCCUCUUGCAGCUCGUCAGUUCGAUACGCCGCAUUUCGCGGAUCGGUGGAGCUCUGUCACUGUGCCUUGUGCAUGCGUUUACAUUGUGCGCGGACAUGCGUGGUGGCGCCUCUCUCCGGUUGAGGUGGCCGGCGGCUCUCGUCGCCGUCGUAGCUGCGGCAGUGACGGCGGCGGCGGCGGCGGGGCAUGGCGACCACAAUUUCCACCGGGACUUUGACGCCGUGUGGGGGAAGGGCAAUGCGAGGUUCCGGGACGGCGGGCGGAUGGUGGAGCUGACGCUGGACGAGCAGACGGGGGCGCGGCUGCAGUCCAAGGAGCGGUUCUUGUUUGGGAGGUUCGAUCUCGAGAUCAAGCUCGUCAGGGGAGAGUCUGCAGGGACCAUCACUUCCUUCUAUAUCUGCAGCGGCGGCGCGCGGCACGACGAGGUGGACUUCGAGUUCCUGGGCAACGUGAGCGGCGAGCCGUACCUGCUGCACACCAACAUCUUCAGCGACGGCAAGGGCGAGCGUGAGCAGCAGUUCGUGCUCUGGUUCGACCCCACCGCCGACUUCCACACCUACUCCAUCCUCUGGAACCCACACAACAUCAUACUGUACAUUGACGGGACGCCGAUCAGGGUGUUCAAGAACAACGAGGCGUACGGGGUGCCAUUCCCGACGCGGCAGCCAGUGCACGUGUUCGCCAGCAUCUGGAACGCGGAGGAGUGGGCGACGCAGGGCGGCCGCGUCAAGACGGACUGGUCGCGCGCGCCGUUCGUCGCCACGUACCGCCGCUACAACGUCUCCAACGCCUGCGUCUGGGACGCCGCCGGCGCCGGCGCCUCCCGGUGCGCCGGCGGCGGCGGCGGGUGGAUGAGGCGGAGGAUGGACUGGUGGAGCUGGAUGACGCUCAACUGGGUGCGGAUGAACUACAUGGCCUACGACUACUGCGCCGACAGGAAGCGAUUCCCGCACCGUUUCCCCGCCGAGUGCAUCAUCCCCAUCGGUAGAACGUGAGGCGUCGUACGCGACGUCGACUCCAUGAUGAUUCCAUCCGUCGUCCAGCGAUCUGUAGGCUCAUACUUGUGUUUUGCAGUGAGGGGAACUGAAUGAAUAAUCGUCUCUUCUUGAUCUUUUAGGUUUGGGUUGAGUUGUGCAGGGUAAUGUGGAAAGUCUCAACUCGUUCCAGAAUCUGUUUUUUUCUUUCUUUGUUGGCUACGACGAUGUAAAUGGACUUCUUGUUUGAUUUUUUUUUCUAAAGAUCUAUUCGUCUCGUGAUCGUC